AAUUGGCUAACAGAACGAAAACGAAACUGAUUUGAAUGGCAGUUGAAUCCGGCGGCAGUUCGCAUUUGCAUAUGGAAUCGCAAGUUCUAACCGGCUGAUCAUCAUACAAAUCGAAAUUUGACGUGAAGACUAUGAUAACCUGCAGUGAAGUGAAAUAAUUCCCAGGGGAAUGAGAACAACUUUCGAUAUCGGCGGGAAGAGAGUGAACUUGAGGCAAGGCCAGACUUAAGACCUGGUCGGUAGAAUUCGCAAUCGACAUGGCCAACACACCGAGCAGCGUGGGCGAUUGAAGUGGCAGUUAUGGCCAUAAAUACAAAUAUGUACGUUCGCGUAAGCAGGUAUUGACUGUGAGAUAUCAGCAGCAGCAGCAGCAGUCGCAAAGUCGCAGCUGCCGAAUAGAUGUGCAAUACUCAAGAGCUCCCAUACGGAUCCGUAGGUUGGACGCCGCUGGCCGGUGAUGUAAGCUCCGGUUCGGUUCUGGGCUGCCAAUUACCGCUUACCGCAUACCGCUUACCGCCGUCUAACCGCCGUCUAACCACCGUCUAACCGCCAACUUGUAGAAUGUAAAGCUUCUGCAGGUCGCGAAAAACUCGCCCACCCACUGCCGCCGGCAAAGCGUCAUCACCAUCGUUGCACAGUGAUCUUUGCGAAGUUCGAUGCGAAACAGUCGAAAAAAGAUCGAUGGGAAAUGGCAUUCCUUCCAGCUUAAAUCGGCCAGGAUCAGAAUGCAGGAACUGACGAGGGUCUGCGACCUGAACGGCAAUGCUGCCAAAGCUGAGUUGGUCCCCUUAGCUCCGGCCAGCAGCAAUUUGGAGCAGCUGCUGCCCAACAUAAAGUUAGAGCACGAUCCCGACCUGGAGUGCUGGCUGCCCACGCCGGAGCAUCCGCAACUCCGGCUGGAUCUCAAUAGCACUCGGCUGCUGUUGCAGGGCUCCGACGACCCACUGAUCUCGCAUGGCGCCACCAAUGAUGGCCACGACGAGGACCAUCCCUUCAAGACGCUCCUGGCCCGCAAAAGCAUUGCCCACGAGACUCCGCACAACGGCACCUGCAGUCCGCUGACCAAGCAGCAGCUGAAGGCCAAUCUUCUGAUGGGUAAUCGAAAAGCCAACAGGCAGCCCUUGCAGCUGGAACCCGCUGCUCCCACGCCACAAAAGACAGUAAGACCAGUGCCAAGCCAAAACCGAUCCCAAAAACGAGGAGAGACGGGAGCCAUGAAGCUGCGAUUCCACCAUCAGGCUCUGCCCGCCGAGUACGCCGCCCACUACGAGGCCACCCAGGGAAGGAAGCCAUCCAGGCCGGUGCUUCCGCCGCCAACUGCUCCUCCUCCUCCAAGUCAGGCCCACGAGAACGUGCGCAGCUGGCUGCGGAAGAUUGCCGAGAUCCAACGCAGCGCGGAGCGCCAACAGCAGAAGCAGUCAGCCGCUCCUCGACCUCCGCCUGGACCUCCCACCUCGCGAUCCUCCCCCAUUGCAGCCACAUCCGUAGUGCCUGUUAAAAGUCCCGAGGUAGCCACCGCCUCCAAGCGCAGCUCCCUGAAGUACGCCGAUCUGCCCUACAUGGGCGAGAUCACGCUGGAUAACUACAAGCCACGUCGCGGUCGGAAGCCCAAGAAGGCGGACAUCUGCCACCUGAUCUACAAGAACUACGGCACCAUUGUUCCCGCUUCUGUGGCAGCCAUGCCGGUAAGUGCUGCUCCGCCGGCGUUAACAUCCACGGUAUCAGUGCCGCCCGAGGAGCCACUCAAUCUUUGCCUGCGAGACCAAAGCGGCGAUCGCUUCUCCAUCUCCAGCGGCGACAGUGAAAAGCCCACGACGAGGACCACGCCCACAACGACCACGACGACGACGGACAGCUCCUCCCACCGAACCACGCCACUUGGUUCGGGGAAACCCCUAACUCUAGAGGUGGCCGGAAGCGAGGAUCAGUCCUUGUCAGCCGCCAAGUUGCUGCUACAGCCAGGAGGACUCUACUAUCAGCAGCUGGUGGAAUCCUGCAGCCUGGGCGGGAUGCCUAUGCCGCUGGAGACCAUUGAGAAGGACAAUCAGCUCUCACUCAAGAUACCCAUACCAAGUGGUUUCUUCACCAAUGAGACGUCGCCGCUGGCCAUGCGGAAGCGCAAGCGGUCGGCCAUCUUCAUACCGCCCAUGCCCGCCGAGCACUCGUCGAGUCCCUCCAACGAGGUCAGCAUCUGCAAGUUCAAAUUCACCGGCGGGGCCAAGCCCACGCUGCAGGAGAAGAAGAUGCUCUCGGUGGACGCGGAGGGCAACUACCGGUACUACAAUGGCACUGGGGACAAGACCAUGCGGGGAUACGAGUUCAUAUCGCGCGAUCAGCAGCAGCAGCUCCAGCAGAACCAACAGCAGGGCCAGCAGGAGAAGCUGUUCGUGGAUAUCCCACCACCAUCCACCGAUCUCAGUCCAGAGCUGCUGCACAUUUCACCGGAGUCGCCCACGUCAACGCUGCUCCUGCCCAGCAGCAACCACUUGGUGGCUGCCGUGGGGCCUCAAAGUCCGGCAUCCCAGUGCUCCAGCUCCCAGAGUCCCAUGCCUGGCCAGACGCAGGCGAAAUCCUCCUCCGAGAGCGACCGCAAGCGGCGAUCCUCGAGAAGAUCCAAGCAGCGCGAGAAGCUGGAGAAGACCUUCAAGGAGAAGGGCUUCCUCAUCCAAACCCAGCAGCUGCAGUCCGCCGAAGGAGCCACAUACUGCAAGUUCAGGCAGCUGAAGAAGUUCACACGUUACCUCUUCCGCAACUGGAAGGACCACAUACCGGAGAGCGACCUGGCCAAGCACCAGAGCGGUGGUCGGGAGGAUAGCUUACCAGGUGGGGAGACGCAGACCACGUAGGACAUCCGGCAGGAGAUCCGGAAACAAGCCACACACAAAGCACUGCCAAAGAUUUAAGUUUAAGACCUGUUUAUGGCCGGUCCAUCACCGGUCGGCGUUGCCAGUUGAGGCUGGAGCAGAGCAACCCAUGCCGAUUCCGAUUCCGUCCAUGCGGGCUGCACCACAAUCCGAUCAAUGAUCCUCAGCCGCGCUUCCUAGUCGUUCAUCAGAUUUUCUAGUGCAUAAUAAAAUGUUAUUGUUAAUAAAUAAACUCAAUGUUUA